UAAGGCUGGACGGGCUUCUGUCUGAGGAGGACGAACGGACGCAGACAGAGAGGCGGAGACUGCUCCCGUUACUCCCGGUACAGACCCGUCAGCAGCGCGGCAACAUCUCUCCUCAAAGCUUUGCGUCUUUUCCUGUUUUUUAGUGAGGAUUGUGCUAAAGCAGAGGCCGUGAAGGAGUCCGUGAGAGAGGAGGCGGAGGACGGAGGACAAACUGCCGGCUGAGCUGGACAGAGAGGCGGCCUCUCUGCUGCUGCUGCAGCCGCACACACUACGCUCUGCUGCGGACACAGUGCGCUCACACACCGCGCCACAGCUGGAUGUUUCCUACGAUCAUGGACGGGCUGAAGGAGGACUGACAGCGCAGAAAACCUCGAUCUGUGGGAAAAGUACCGUCUGAGAAAGGAGCCGAGCAGAGAGACAGCAGCAGCAAGAUGUCUGUCCCUAACGUGUUGGCGAAGGCGUUGUAUGACAACGUGGCAGAGUCCCCGGACGAGCUCUCGUUCCGUAAAGGUGACAUCAUGACUGUGUUGGAGCGCGACACGCAGGGACUGGACGGCUGGUGGCUCUGCUCCCUUCAUGGUCGCCAAGGCAUCGUCCCCGGAAACCGUCUGAAGAUCCUGGUUGGCAUGUACGACAACAAGCAGCAGGCCGUGCCCUCCACGCCAGACCCAACUUCUUCCUGUCCACCCCCCCAGCUACAGAGACCCCUCCCCCCUCAGAGCGCUUACUCCAAACCCUCACCCGCUCCAUCGUCCAUCGCCACCUCCUCCUCUGGGUUUGUCAAGCCCCUCCCCUCAGCGCAGUACACGUCUAUGCACUCUGCUUACUCCAACCCAAGCCCCGCCCAGACCAACCCAGACUCCAUCUACAUGAUGCCCCCCUCCCACGGCCCCAAACCAAGUCCUCAGAGCCUGUACCAGAUCCCCUCUGGUCCCAUCGGACCCCCUCCAAAGGCCCAGCUCCCCAGUAAGGGCCUGGGUCUGACCCAGAGACAGUACACUCUGCCUGGGCAGGACAUCUACCAGGUACCUCCCUCUUUAGGCUCGGGGCUCGGCUCCGGAGCCCCUGCAGGGGGGACUGGAUCUGGGCAGGAUGUGUACCAGGUGCCCCCUUCCUGGGACAGCAGCAGCAAGCCACUGGGCAAGGUGGUGGUCCCCACUCGGGUCGGACAGGUGUACGUGUACGACAAAGUGAAGCCGGAGCAGGACGAGUACGACGUCCCGCCCAGACAUCAGCCUCCGACCCACCAGGACAUCUACGACGUACCGCCCACACGCCAGCAGUUCAACACACAGGUGUAUGACACUCCUCCUAUGGUGGUGAAGGGGCCCUCUAGUGGUCAAGACAUAUAUGACACCCCACCGAGCACAGACAAGAACACACAGCAGACUGUGUACGACUUCCCGCCAUCUGUCAGUAAAGACGUUCCUGAUGCUCAGCCAAUCAGAGAGGAUACCUACGACGUGCCCCCCCACUUCGCCAAACUCAAACCCCCGCUCCCCGCCCACUCAGGCCAGUACCUGCACAACAACCUGAACGACGACGACGAGCCCCCGAUUCCAGAGGACGUGUACGACGUUCCGCCUCCCAUCCUGACCGACAAGCAUUACCGUGGAGACAGGGGCGGAGUCAGCCAGGCUCGACAAGACAUCUAUGAUAUCCCAGCCAGCCUGCGGAGCGGUGGGCAUCAUGCCCAGGAUGUUUACGACUUCCCCCGAGGAGGAGAGGAGAAGGGAGGAGAGAGAGACCACUACGUGUAUGACAUCCCCCCACAGGUUGUGCGUGACCCUCAGUCCACCGCUGAGGAGCUGUCCAUGUCCUUCAAGCGUCUGUCUGCCUCAAGCACAGGAAGCACAAGGAGCAACCAUUCUGCCUCCUCCUUGGACAUGGUGCCUGUCCGUGACACCUCCUCUUCACUCCCAGCUCCUGGCUCCGCUCCAGGGAAACCCCUCAUCUUGGACCUAGAGCAGGCCAUGGAACGUCUGUCUCGUCUGCAGCAGGCGGUGGAGUCCAGCGUGUCCCUCAUGAUGUCAUUCAUCACAGGUAACUGGAGGAGCCCGGCUCACCUGGAGGGGAACCUCUCAGCCAUCCAUCAGGCUGCUGACAGAGUGCGUGCCUCGGUAAGGGACUUCCUAGAGUUUGCCCGUGGUGCCGUUGCGAACGCCGCUCAGGCCACAGACCGCUCUCUGCAGAGUAAGCUGGGCCGUCAGGUGGGCAAGAUGGAGGAGGUGUUCCAGAGUUUGAUUCGAAACAGUCAGAGCUUAGACGCUGUCUCCUGGUCGCAUGCAGCGCUCACAGCACCCCCACCAGGAGGGGAUGACUUGGACCGGCUUAUCAUGACGGCGAGAGGCAUCCCUGACGACGCCAAGCAGCUCGCCUCAUUUCUCCAUGGUAACGCAUCGCUGCUCUUCAAACGUAACAACCGGCAGCAGCAGCAGCUGCCAUUGCCUCCUAUCCCUGGGGAUAUCAGUGGUCACAUGACAGGAUCAGGAAGUGGAAGCUAUCAGGGAGGAGAGAAGGCGAGCAUUCAGUUGCGGCCCCUCCCCUCCCCGCCAAAGUUUACAGCUGCAGAGGAAGAGGAGGGCGUGGACCGGCCGUACGAGACCACAGAGGAAGGCUGGAUGGAGGACUAUGACUACGUCCAUCUACAGGGUAAGGAGGAGUUUGAGAAGAACCAAAGACAGCUAAUGGAGAAAGAUAAUAUCACCAGGCACAAGACACAACUGGAACAACAACAGAUAAAACAGUUUGAGCGGCUCGAGCAGGAAGUCAGCCGGCCGAUCAACAAUGACAUGACGGGCUGGGUCCCGCCCCCGCACCACCCUUCAGCCAACCAGCUGACCCAGAACGGCUCAGGAGGCCCCUCCUCCUCCUCGUGCUCCAAACUGUGCAACGGUGACCGGCAGCUCCUCCUCUUCUACCAGGAGCAGUGUGAGCAGAACGUGACCACAGUGACCAACGCCAUCGACGCCUUCUUCACUUCCGUUAAUUCCAACCAGCCUCCAAAGAUCUUCGUGGCUCACAGCAAGUUCGUUAUCCUCAGCGCCCACAAGCUGGUGUUCAUCGGGGACACUCUGUCACGGCAGGCCAAGUCCCCGGAGGUGAGGGCGCACGUCGCUCAGAGCAGCAACAUGCUCUGUGAAAAACUCAAAGACAUCGUGAUCAGCACCAAGACGGCGGCGCUGCAGUACCCCUCCCCAGGGGCCGCCCGGGAGAUGACGGAGCGGGUGAGGGAGCUGGCGGGGUGCACGCAGCAGUUCAGGAUGGUGAUGGGGCAGCUACUGAUCAUGUAGGCGGGAGGUGGGGGAGGACGAGGGAGAACCAGACAGUGACACAAACUGAGGAACAUGGGGCUGUGAAUCCCCCCCUGUAUUAGAGGGUGGGAAACCCUGAUUGCCCCUGCAGCACGAGCUCCUGGAGCGCCCUGGAUCCCUUCUGCUCCUGAUAUGUAGCGUGGGAAACCCUGUGUGGCCCUGAAUCCUGGGGGUCUGGGACCAUGGACUCAUCCUUUACGUCUCUCCUCCCCUUCACUGGGACCAUUCCUCCCCAUCCCUCCUUUUUUUACUCUCCACGAGCUAAAGGAACAUUUUCUCUUCAGUGGGCUGGGCCAUCGGUUGUAAAAUAAUCAUUGUAAAUAUUUAAGUUACCUAUUUAGUCAGAAGAAGACUCCCAGUACAUAAAUAUAAAUAUAUGGUUCUGUUUUUUUGAAGAAAAGAUGAAAACAUACGUGUAGUUUUUAGACAAUAUCAAUAAUUGUUAUUAUUAUUAUUAUUAUUAUUAUUAUUAUGACUAUACCAUAUAAUUAUGGCUGAUUCUUGUAUUAUUAUUGUUAUGGAUGUGUAAAUUCCAGAUGAUAUGUAUGACUGUAUGUUGUAGUAUGUGGAUGCUCUUCUCCACCCCUGACAGAGGCACACUUUACAGAUAAGAAACACUGGAGCACACCCGUCUGUAACCCUCACCUGAUGACAGACUAACAGCUCCACAGGCUGGUAUGUUGUGUCGGAGCUGUGCGCCAUCACCUGUGGAUCGAUAAAGUGUCCACACUGAUUAUCAUAACUCACCGGCGUAGGUGACACUGCGGCCGAGAGAUGUCCAAAUGCCUGUCGUUGAAGAUGAUCUCAGUGCAAUCUAUCUGUGGGCUGUUUAGUAAGAGGCAUGUUUAGAGGAAAGGAGUGUAAAGGGUUAAAACUACAAAUAAAUUAAACCUGAUUUUCUUUUCUCUGA